AUGCACCAUGCUUCAAAAUACAAGCCCAAGCCCUUCACCGACAUCUUCACCCCCGACACCGACAUCAACCGCAGCAAAUGCGUCCGCACCGUCCCCAUGAAAGUCCUCAUCCUGGGGCUAGACCGCACCGGCACCACAUCUCUCCGCGCCGCCAUGAAGCGCCUCGGCUACCUCGACACGUACCACAUGACGAGCUGCCUCGAGAACCCCCCCGACGCGCUGCUCUGGACGGACGCCCUCUGCGCCAAGUACGACGGCGCCCCUCGCCGGCCCUUCACCCGCCGCGACUGGGACCGCCUCCUCGGCCACUGCCAGGCCGUGAGCGGCUGGCCCGCCGCCGCCUUCGCCGCCGACCUCGUCGCCGCGUACCCCGAGGCCAAGGUCGUCCUAACCACCCGCGACGUCGACGCCUGGCACGCCUCGGCCCUCAAGACGCUGUACUGGCGCGCCACGGACCCCGAGCUCGGCUACCUGUCGUGCGUGGACUGGGCCGCCGGCAUGUACUACCCCCUGCUGAGGAAGCUGUUUGACACCUUCUUCGAGGGGGACUUUGCCGGCCGGGGGAAGGAGGUCUUCCGGCGCCACUGCGAAGAGGUUCGCCGCCUCGUGCCGGGGGACCGGUUGCUCGAGUAUCAGGUCACGGAGGGCUGGGGCCCGCUGUGCAAGUUUCUGGGGGAGCCGGUGCCGGAGAACGCUGCUUUUCCGAAUGUCAAUGACGACGAGGAGUUUGUGCGCGAGUCGCGAAGCCGCAACAGGGACCAGAUGAGGAAUGUGGCGUUUCGGAUACUGGUGUGGUUGCUGGUGAUGCUUUUUGCUAUUGGGCUGGUGUGUCGAGUGUUUAAUGUUGGCAGGGUUGUUUAUACGCUGGCUGUGCCGCUGGGAUACGAGGUUGCUCAGAUGUAA